AUGGGAGCUUCUAACUUAACUUUAUUUAAUAUCAUCUGUGAUGGAAAAAUCUGGAACAAAAGCAAGCUGUUGUCAAAUGAAUGCUUUCAAAAUACAGUUAUGGUAUGGAUACCCUGUGGAUGGUUGUGGUUGUCAUUGAUAGGCUACAUACCUUACCUUCACUGCCAAAAGUCUUACCCACACACAAUCUCUUAUGUUAUUGUGAUAAAAAUGACAUUAAGUGGACUCUUGGCCAUAAUUUACCUAGCCAAUGUGUUGGGAGCAAUUACCAAUGGAUCUCAUUUCCAAAUUGACUUAUUUUCAGCAAAUAUGACUAUGUUUGGUACAUUGCUUCUGUCAAUGGUCAUCCAGUUUACAGAAUGGAAGAAAAGGCUGAUAACAUCAGGAGUGAAUUUCAUAUUUUAUUUUCUGGCAUUCUUCACAAUGUGCAUUUAUUUCAUUUAUUUUUUCAACUUGAAGGAGUCAAGUAAUAAAAGAAUAGCUUUUGAAAUUCUGAAUCUUAUCUUAAAGUUGUCUUUGGUUGUUGCAUUCAGCUUUGCCAACAGCAGUGAUUCACAAGAUUUGACUGCAGAAGAAAAAGCUUCAUUUUUAUCCCGAAUAACUUUCUUUUGGAUGACCAGAAUUAUGAUUAAAGGUUGCCGACGGAAGUUGAGUGAAAAAGAUGUUCCAAGUCUUUCAACUUCAGAAGAAGCACAACAUUUGCAUCAGAAAUUUAAAAUUGCACAACAGAAGCUGUCACAUAAAAAUGUGAGAUUAGCAGAAACAUCAUCAGCCAGUGAUUCAGUUUCUUUGAUCAAAGUCCUCAUCAAUAUGUACUGGAAGGAAAUAAUGAUCACUUUUAGUUUGAGACUUUGCUAUGACAUUCUGAUAUUUUUAAACCCAGUUCUACUGAACAUUUUCAUGACAUAUCUUAGAAGUGAUUCUGGCGAUAAGGAUAAAAAAUCUGGAUUUGUAUACAGUUUCCUCUUUUUCAUCACCAAUGUUGUUUUGGUUUUACUGGACCAAGCAAUCUUUGCAAAAGGUUGGAAAACUGGCACCAGUGUAUCUUCCACAUUAAUGACUAUCAUCUAUGACAAGCUUCAAAAAAUUGGUUUCCAAACUUCUGAAAAUGUGGUCAUCAUUAAUCUUUUAUCAACUGAUGUCACCAUAUUCCGAGAGAUGAUUCCUUAUUUGUCCAUCUUGUGUAAGAAGAUUGCAAAAAUGCAAAAUGAAUAUAGCAAGAUGAGAAGUAACAGGAUUCAGUUACUGGAAGAAAUGAUUGAAUACAUCAAGUCUAUAAAACUUUUUGCCCAAGAAGAUGCUUAUAUAAAAAAGCUAAAUAAGAUACGGAACCAAGAAAUAAAUCAUCUCAAGAUGAGAGUUUAUUAUGAAACCUUUAUUUCUACAUUGGGUGAGAUAAGCCCACAGUGGAUUACACUGCUGAUCUUCAUCACUUUGAGUUUAAUUAAUAACAUAAAUUCCAUCACAACAGAACACAUAUUCAUCACUCUAAUGGCUCUUAACAUCCUUGAAACCAACAUGUCCAUGUAUUCAGACUGCAUUUUUGAUAUAAUUAAGGCAAAAGAAAGUUACAAAAAUAUAGUUAUGUUUUUGAAGCUUGAAGACAGUAGUUUCAAGCCAGAUGAUGAAAUACGUGAUAAGAAAUUACUUUGUAUGUGUGCUAGCCUGGAUUUACUUGGCAAAGUUGAAAAAGAAAAUUCAGGUGAGUCAGUACAUUCUGUGGUCAUUACUAAUGCAACAUUUAAAGGCCAGUGCCUUAAACGCAUCAACUUAAAAAUCAAAGUUGGUCAACUUGUAGCAAUAUGUGGGGAUCAUACUUCUGGAAAAUCUGCACUGCUGUAUGCUCUUCUUGGACAAAUAAAGAAGGAAUCAGGAACAGUAUGCAGAGCAGGAAAAGUGGCAUUCACUCCUCAGGAACCUUGGGUUAUCAAUGAUACAAUAAAGAUGAAUAUUUUAUUUGGAAAAAUAUUCCACAAGAGACAUUUCCAACAAAUUUUGAAGUACUGCUGUCUUGAAGACAUAAAUGAAGAAACAAUUGUUAAUGGAAAGGGAAGCAACUUGAGUGGAGGACAACUUUAUCGUAUAAAUUUAGCCCGAGCAGUAUAUUCUCGACCAGAUAUUUUCUUGUUGGACAACCCAUUAUGUGCAAUUGAUGUUGCUACAGCCAGAAAUAUUUAUGAAAACCUACUGGGUAAAAAUGGACUACUCAAAAAUAUUACCAGGAUUAUUGUGACCCAGCCAACUGCACAUUGGCUGCCAAAUGCUGAUCAAAUUAUUGUCAUGGAUUCAAAAACAAUUGCUGAAUCUGGAACAUUUACAGAACUGAUGUACAAGAAAGGGAAGUUUGUACAGUUAUUGCAACAAUGUCCACAAAACAAAGGAGUGGUUCAAAGUGAAACUGAAAAGAAAAAGAGUUUAUUAAUUUUCAGGUCCAUUGAACUGCAAUACCGUCCAAUUUUUCAAACUACAAGUCAAGUAGGAUCAAAAUUCUGGAAAAUAUCAUCAGCUAAAUGGAAAACUAAAAGUGGUUUUUCCAAUAUCAGUGAUCCCCCUUCAGAAAGGUUUAUUCGUCAACUUUCACGAAUGUUAUACAUGAACAAGAAGAGUCUAAAAAUAUCACAAUUAAAGUUUGAAGAUUUGUCAUCCAAAAAUUCUAACUUUAAAGUUGCCCAGCAAGUGUUUCGUAAAUAUGUGAAAUCUGUUGGUAUCUUUGCAUUGCUGUCAACCUUUGUAGUGGGAGUUCUCUUUGAAGGAUUCAAGGCUACGUCAAAUUAUCUGUUUGAAAUUUGGAGUGACCAGAUUCAUUCAAACAGUACAGAAGACAAAAAUAAUAAUUUAAUAUAUUCAGGAUCAUUUUCACUUAUUGCAGGGCUCUUUUUACUUUUGUUUGAAAUGCUUUCAACACUAUUCACAGCAAAAGCCAGUUGUAAGAUCCAUCAUUCAAUGGCAGAGAACGUUUUUAAUAUGCCUUUGGAAUAUUUCGAAAACACUGACCAAGGGAUAAUCAUGCUGCCUUUUACUGAUAACUUGUAUGAUGUUGAUUAUGAAUUGCCAAAUUUCUACAAGAUGUGGAUCAAAGAUUGUCUCAGAAUUAUGACUGCAAGUGCUUUGCUUAUUUGGAAGAUACCAAUAUUUGCUAUAUAUGUCAUCAUCUUGAUCAUUAUUGUAUCCAUUUUAUCUGUAAUUUUUGUAUUGGCAACUUCAGUAUUGCAAAAUUUCAACUUCAAAUUCCAGAGUUUAUUGUAUACACACUUUCUGGAAACUGAAUCUGGUACUCACAUCAUCAAAGCUUACAACAAUGAAGAAAUAUUCAUUAAAAAAGCCUAUAAAUAUAUUGACAAUUACCAGAAAUUCUUUUGGAGUGUUAGUGCAGCUAAACGAUGGUCUGGAUUUUUGCUGCAGUUCAUUGGGUGUUUCAUUAUCCUGAUAGCUUGCAUUUAUAUUGUUCAUGUAAAUGAUGUCAGCAGAGUAGGACUCCUCCUGACUUAUUUGUUACAGACAGUGAAAUGCUUUGAUUGGGUUGUGAGAACAGCUUCUGAUAUUGCAAUUAAGAGAGUGUCUCUCCAUAAAAUUCAGGAAUAUAGAGAUAAAAUUCCAGUGAUAACUGGAAAAAUCAUGCCAAACUGGCCAACUGAAGGAGAAAUUGAGUUCUUGAAUUACUCGGCAGCAUAUUCAAAUGCGAACAUGAAUUGUUUGAAUGAUAUCAAUCUACGCAUCCAACCAAGAGAAAAGGUCGGAAUAGUUGGCAAAUCUGGAUCAGGCAAAUCAUCUUUGUUAAUGGCCAUCACUCGUCUCGUCAAUUGUAUGCAAGGUCAAAUCAAUAUAGAUGGCAUUGAUAUUAAACUCUUAAAUCCCAAAUAUCUACGCUCAAAGUUGACUAUCUUUCCACAGAAUACAUAUUUGUUCACUGGCAGUCUGAGAAGCAAUUUGGACCCAGAAGAUAAAUUCACUGAUGAAGAGCUUACAAGUGUUUUGUCAGAUGUUCACCUUAAGGGCCGAAAUUUAGAUCAAAACUGUGAAAUGUUCAGUGUUGGAGAUAAACAAUUGGUGGGUUUGGCUAAAUGCAUUCUGAAUAAAACAAAAGUGUUAAUCUUGGAUGAAUACACUGCUAAUGUAUGUGCAACUUUAGAUGAACAGAUCCAGCAAAUUAUCGAAGAGAAAUUCAGUGAUUGUACUGUAUUAAGUAUUGUACACAAGUUAUCAAUGACAGAGAAAUAUGACAAAAUUUUGGUGAUGGACAAGGGAGAAAAAAAAGAAUUUGACACUCCAAAUAAUCUUUCAAACAGAAAAUAUGGUUUUUAUAUGAAGUUAAAGGAACAAGAAUCAAAGGCAAGCUUAUAA